AUGAAUAGAUUCAAGCAGCGGGGCGUUCUGUCUGAUCUGGAUGAGGCCAUCAAGCUUCUUCGGGAUGUAAUACUCCUUCGCCCUCCCGGUCAUUCCGAUCAAUCAAUGUAUCUCAACGAUCUUGCCAGCUGCAUGCAACAGAGAUUCGAGCAGCGAGGCAUUACAUCUGAUCGUGAUGAGGCCAUUGAGCGUCUUCGGGCUGUGUUACUCCUUCACCCCACCCAUCAUUCUAAUCGAUCCGGGUUGCUCAAUGCUCUUGCCAUCAGCCUUACAAUUAGAUUUCGACAGCGGGACGUCCCGUCUGACCUUGAUGAGGUCAUUGAGCUCCAGCGGGAUGCACUACCCCUCUAUCCUCUUGGACAUUUGGAUCAAAGCAAACCUCUCAACAAUCUUUCCAUUAUUCUUCAAGUCAGAUUUGAGCAGCGGAGCAUCCCGUCUGACCUCAAUGAAGCCAUCGGGCUCCACCGGGAUGCACUACUCCUCCAUCCACCCGGUCAUUCUGAUCAGGCAAUGUCUCUCGGCAAUCUUGCCGCCACCCUUCAUCACAGAUUCGAGCAACGGGGCGUCCCGUCUGACCUCGAUGAGGCCAUCAAGCUCCAAUGGGUUGCAUUGCUCUUUCGUCCCCCUGGUCAUUCCGACAGAUCAUCAUCUCUCAACAAUCUUGCACCCAGCUCUAAAGACAGAUUCAAGCAGCGGGGUAUCUCAUCUGACCUUGAUGAGACCAUCGAGCUCCUUCGGGCUGCAUUACUUCUUCGCUCCCCCAGUCAUUCUUAG